AUGGGUCGGCAGCCGCCACUGCCCCCCGCCGCGGCCGCCCUGUUCUGGGGCUUCCUGCUCCCUCUGACAGCUGCUCAUGAAGCAAUCCUCCAUGCCUCUGGAAAUGGCAUGCCUUCACCAUCUAAGGACUACUGCAUGCUAUAUAACCCUCACUGGACAUCUCUUCCAAGUACCCUAGAAAAUGCAACUUCUACUAGUUUGAUGAAUCUGACUACCACACCACUCUGCAACAUUUCUGAUAUUCCUCCAGAUGGAAUAAAGAACAAAGCAGUUGUGGUACAGUGGGGAACCUGCCAUUUUCUGGAAAAAGCCAAAAUUGCACAAACAGGAGGUGCUGAAGCUUUGUUGGUUGCCAAUAACAGUGUCCCAUUUCCUCCCUCAAGGAACAAAUCUGAGUAUCCUGAUGUGAAAAUAUUGACUGCAUUUAUAAACCACAAGGACUUUAAAGAAUACUGGAGCGGGCUAAUCGAAUUGGAAAACAUGAAGGCAAUGACAAACACUGAGGAUAGAGAAGUGAUGAAAACGAAGGAAGAAUAUUUUACUUUUAGUCCUCUAACAGUUAUAAUAUUUGUGGUCAUCUGCUGUAUUAUGAUGGUCUUACUUUAUUUCUUCUACAAAUGGUUGGUUUAUGUUAUGACAGCAAUUUUCUGCAUAGCAUCAGUGAUGAGUCUGUACAACUGUCUUGCUGCACUAGUUCGUAAGAUACAAUGGGGACGAUGCACGAUUACCUGUUGUGGCAAGAGCUUUGAAGUGAGACUUAAUUUUCUCUCUGGACUGUGCAUAGCAGUAGUUGUUGUUUGGGUUGUAUUUCGAAAUGAAGAUAGGUGGGCUUGGAUUUUACAGGAUAUCUUGGGGAUUGUUUUCUGUCUGAAUUUAAUUAAAACACUGAAGUUACCCAACUUCAAGUCAAGUGUGAUACUUCUGGGCCUUCUCCUCUAUGAUGUAUUUUUUGCUUUCAUAACACCAUUCAUCACAAAGAAUGGUGAGAGUAUCAUGGUUGAACUUGCAGCUGGACCUUUUGGAAAUAAUGAAAAGUUACCAGUAGUCAUCAGGGUACCAAAACUGGCCUAUUUCUCAGUAAUCAGUGUGUGUCUCAUGCCAGUUUCAAUAUUGGGUUUUGGAGACAUCAUUGUACCAGGCCUGUUGAUUGCAUACUGUAGAAGAUUUGAUGUUGACAUUGGUUCUUCAAUAUACUAUGUUUCCUCCACAAUUGCCUAUGCCAUUGGCAUGAUUCUUACAUUUGUUCUGGUGCUGAUGAAAAAGGGGAAACCUGCUCUCCUAUAUUUAGUACCUUGCACACUUAUUACUGCCUCACUUGUUGCCUGGAGACGAAAGGAAAUGAAGAAGUUCUGGAAAGGUAACAGCUAUCAGAUGAUGGACCAUCUGGACUCUGCAACAAAUGAAGAAAACCCUGGGACUGUUGGUGAACAGACUGUCCAACAAUAA